CACCUCGCGUCUCGUAUAAAGCCCCUCUCCGGCCGGCCCGUCAGUCGCGCUUCCCUCACCUCCGUCGUCUCCCUCCUCCGCCUCCUCCUUCUCGUGGAUCCCUCCCGGUCGCGGCCCCGUCUCUCCUCCUCCUCCGUCUCGGCCUCUACACGGACCUCCGCUGCGCACCGCUCCCACCCGGCCCCGCCGCCGCCGCCCUCUGCCGUUCCCCCUCCGCUCCCGCCCCGCCGCUGCCCAGCAUGGCCGUCGUCGACUUCAACACGGGCCAUGCGAUGGACUACUCGCUCGGCUUCAUCCUGCUCGGCGUCUUCUUCAACGUCUGGCUGUACGGCUUCAGUGUCGUGCAGACGUACCUCUACUUUAUCAACUUUCCCAACGACAAGCGGGCCAUGCGCGCCUUCAUCGGCGUGCUCAUCCUCGCCGACACGCUGCACACGGCGCUGUGCUGCCACUUCGUGUACGCCUACCUCGUCACGCACUUCGGCGACAUCGCAUUCGCCUCGCGCGCCACGCACACGUUCAGCGCCGACCCGAUCCUCACGUCGAUCAUCGCGCUCAUGGCGCAGAGCUUCUUCGCGUGGCGCAUCUGGAAGCUCACGCGCUCGCCGUGGGUGCCGGGCAUCAUCAUGCUCACCGGCGGGCUCAGCAUGCUCGCGGCCAUCGGCACGACGAUCGGCGUCGAGAUCGUGCGCGAGUUUGCCAAGUUCCAGAAGUUCCAGGUGGCCGUCAUCAUCUGGCUGGCGUGCGCCGCCGUCGCCGACGGCAUCAUCACGACGGGCCUGAUCAUGACGCUGAACAAGUCGCGCACCGGCUUCACGCAGACGGACGACGUGAUCAGCAAGCUCAUCCGGCUGACGCUGCAGACGGGCCUGCUCACCGCCUCCGUCGCCGCCAUCGACCUCAUCCUCUUCUGCGCCAGCACGACGACGGCGCACCUGCUCUUCAACCUGCCGCUCGCUAAGCUCUACGUCAACUCGCUGCUCUCGACGCUCAAUGCGCGCGCCGUCUACCAGGACCGCCAGCGCUACACGAUGGGCUCGAGCAGCAACGGCGCCAACGGCGUCGGCGCCGGCAUGCACAAGGAGGACGGCGGCGGCAACGUGCACUUCACCAGCUCGGCCCGCGGACGCCACAGCCGCUUCAACGCCACGGCCUCGGGCGACUCGGAGCGCGAGCAGGCCGCCUCGCGCACGGCGUCCUUCUUCCGGCAGGGCAAGAGCGCCGCCGGCGGCCGCGAGAUCGGCGUCGGCCAGACACUCUCGCGCGGCGGCGGCAACGCGGAUCUCGAGGGCGGCAUCCAGAUCACCACGAUCGAGGAGCGCUACGAGGACCCGCCGGCGCUCGCCAUGCUGCCGCACAUCUCGCACGCGCACGGCGAGAAGAUCGACGAGCGCGGCGCCUACACGGGCACCAACACGCCCACCGGCACGCACCCGUACUCGCUCGGCGCCGAGCAGAACAAGAGUCUCGAGACGACGGGCACCGGCCGCCUGCCGUCGGACGACGACGUGUACGACGACGCCAGCCGCAGCUUCGGCGACGACAAGUGAGCCGCUGCGGCGCCAGCCCGCUCGCCUGUUCCCUUUGUGUUUCCUUCCAGCCUCCGGACACCCUCAUUCUCGAUCGUGCAGGCAUCUCGCAUCCUCGCAUCUCGCAUCAUCUUGCAUCGCAUCGCAUCCCCGCACGUCACGCCUUCGCUUAGCGCCUCCUCUGGUCCCCUCGUGUCCCCCACACCAUCAAGACGCGGGCCCGCGCCGCCCUGUAUUCCAUCACGACGCCUCGUCUGACAAGCCAUGCUUGCAUAUCGCU